AUGGCUGAGGAGGGUCACAAAGUCUCUUUGAAUGUUUAUGACUUGAGCCAAGGACUAGCUCGACAGUUGUCAAUGACAUUUUUGGGAAAGGCCAUUGAAGGCAUAUGGCACACAGGAAUAGGGGUUUAUGGUAAUGAAUACUACUUUGGAGGUGGCAUACAGAAUACUCCGGUUGGAAAGACUCCUUAUGGGACUCCUAUUCGAGUUAUUGACCUUGGCGUCACUCACGUGCCUCAGGAUGUAUUUGAAAUGUACUUGCAAGAAAUCAGCCCCCGUUAUACCCAACAGACGUACAGUCUUCUGACACAUAAUUGCAACAAUUUCAGCAAUGAGGUUGCACAGUUUUUGGUGGGAGCGACCAUUCCAGAAUAUAUAUUAAACUUGCCAAAUGAAGUAAUCAACAGUCCAAUGGGUGCCAUGUUUCUGCCCAUGAUACAGCAGCUGGAGACAACAUUAAGAGCAGGUGCUGUACCGCAAGCUCCCCAAUUCAAUCCUGCUACCGCAACUCCUGCUGCUCCAAAGGCGAGCAGUGCUGGUAAUGAACAAGUGUCGGAAUCAAAACCAGCCACUUCUGGACCGCAGAAUACUUCAAGUAAUGGAACUGUGCUCGCUGCAGACAAAGCUACAUCAAGUGAAGCAAAAUCACCUGCCAAGGGUGCGACAGCAGACCCCCUGGUUGAUGCUCGGAGCAAGGUACAAGAGGAGAUUGCCCGUGAGUUUGCUGCUAUAAUGGCGACUGGAACUUUUAGAGCAAGUGAGGCUGCAGCGCUAGCGACAAAGAAGGUUAUGCAAAGAUAUGGACACAUGAAUGCUGCCCAGAGUUAG